UUUUUAAAUUUGAUUCCGAUUUUUACGCUGAUUUAGCUGCAUGGGAUACCACAUUCACUAAAUGACAGGCAAAAUGAUGUUGCGCUUUAAUCUAAUUGUCGCGGUUUGCGAGAACUUUGGCAUUGGCCUUAAGGGAGAUCUGCCAUGGCGUUUAAAGUCCGAGCUAAAGUACUUUAGUCGCACCACCAAGCGGACCAGCGAUCCCAACAAACGCAAUGUGGUAAUCAUGGGCAGAAAGACAUAUUUCGGAGUGCCCGCCAGUAAGCGUCCUCUGCCAGAGCGUUUGAACAUUGUGUUGAGCACCACGCUGCAGCCAGCAGAGCUUCCGAGUGAUGUGGUAUUGUGCCCCAGCCUAGAGGAAGCCAUGAAGCAUCUGGAAGCAGAGACCUUGCGCGACCAAAUUGAGAACGUCUGGAUCGUGGGCGGUAGUGGGGUGUACGAGGAGGCCAUGGCCUCGCCCCGUUGCAACCGCCUUUAUAUAACCAAAAUCCAGCAGAACUUUGAGUGUGACACCUUCUUUCCUAGCAUACCCGACGGCUUCCGUGAGGUGUCGCCCGACGCGGACACGCCCCUAGGCGUGCAGGAAGAGAACGGAAUUAAGUAUGAGUACAAGGUAUUGGAAAAACGAGAAUAAUAAACCAAUUUAUUUGCUUUUA